AUGGAUCAAUCAACGGGAAUCAUUGAGCGCGAGUUCCCCAACGCCGUCAUAUACAAUCUCUCCCAGCCAGACCAAGUCACAGUCACACUCCCCCCGAAAUCAACCUGGUCAAGCGGCCUCCACUGGCACGAAACGCACACCGAAUUCCUCAAAGUCAUCAAAGGCAGCAUCAAAGUGCGCCUGGGCGACACCGACCAAAUCCUCACAGCCACUCACGACAACCAGCCAGAACUCAGAGUCGAGCGAUACGCCUGGCACGAAUGGCAGCGCGCAGAGCCAGAGGGCGAUGAGGUUAUCGUCGUUGAGAGGACAGACCCCGCGGAUGGCGAAAAGGCCAUCUUCUUCUGGAAUCUGAAUGGAGUCAUUUUGAAUGCGGGGAGGGUGCUCAGCACAAACGUGCCUGGAUUUUCCUUCUUUCCUGCGUCAAUAAAGGACUUGUUAAUCGACUUUUGGAUCAGCCUGAAUUUGUUCAUCAUAUUUCACUCGCUCGACAAUAUUCCCGUGAUUUUGAGCACAUCGAAAUACUGGGGUGGAAAGAAAUUGCGUGCAAAGACGGGCUUGUCGGCGGACUGGUUCGUUUCUCACUUGCUGCUGUUGCUCGCUUCUUGGAUCGGUCGCCUUUUCCGACUGCAAGCUGUGAGGGCAGAGUAUACGCCUCCGCCAAAUUAUGAGCGUUGGCAGGAUGAUCAUCGUUUCGACAAGUUGAAGUAA